CGCCAUCUUGUAAUCAGCUGCAGCGUCAUUACAGUUCCCUCCACUCUUGACACGGACAAAACAUAACGGAGUGAAGAAAGAACUCAAAAGUCCGCACUCGCCACUGGAGUUAGGACGGGUGUUUGUUUUUUUUUUGGGUGCAAUAUCACGAGCGAUAUUGCCGAACUGCGCACAGCCGCCCAAUGCGAUUCAUGUUGCGUUGUGAGUGACCCAACCAGUGAAUUGAACAGUGAAGAAUUGAGACAUAGAGGUCAAGAUUUCUUCGUCCUUGGAGGAAGGUGUUGCGUCGGUGCUGGCCCGCACCCUCCUCGAGUGUUUUGUAAAAAUUAUUAAUUACACUAACCAGUAACAAUGUUCGCGAUUAUGGAUUGUUCUCUGUAGCAGUGGACGAAACUGAUUCGUCUCCGAAGGAGCCUGAAUCCCUGUGUCUUCCUGUCCGUUUCUUUCUCUCUUCCCUUCUGUAAAGCUAGUUUAUUUCGAGAAGCUGGAAGUGGUUGCAGCAGUUUUGCUACAGGGUGCACUGUUGCGUUGACUGUAGUCCCAACCCUGUAGUGACUUUUCAAAGAACCGUCAAACUAUCUCGUUAGGAUUACCGAUAGAGCGUCGGUGUAUCGUCAAUAUUAACGCAGUCGAAUACUAAUUAAUAUCAGGCAGAAAAGAAGCAGUUUCAGAGUUAUCUUCGCAGAGCCUGCCUAGGUGUUUAUCUCUUAAACACAGUUUAUUAGUGAUCUGUAAUGUACUGCAAGUGUGGUACCGAGGAAAACUCUACAACGUCCGCGAUUAAUUUCGUCCACUCGAAGAGGAAAGGAAUCUUUAUAUACUCGAAAAGCAUGUAUAAAGAAUCGAACAGUCCAAGGGGUAGAAACUUUUUGAUAUUUCGUUGCUGUUGAACGGCUAACUGCGGGUACUCGUACACUUGGUACGGGUAGAAGGUUUAGAGCAGUCGGGCAGUCUUUGGGAAAUCCUGAAGUAUGGAAGCGCUCAGUUAACCGGUGUUGAACACUCAGGUCUACACUAAGUGAAAGGCCGUUCGGCAUUGAAAGAGAAUAUCAGGGGAAAAAGGAGAAGAAGUAACGAUUCAAGGGACACCAUGAAGCUGCUCGAAAGUACACGCUUUGAGGCCAUUAACAGUGCCUUGUCUAUAGAGACCGGGGACAGUAAGAUAAUAGGAAGAAUCGAGAGCUACUCCUGCAAGAUGGCUGGUGGCGACAAGCAACUUUACAAGCGCUUUAACGCAGAACAGGGAGUCACUCCACAUGAUCUGCAAGCCUUAUCACCUCCACAGACAUGUCUUGGAGCAUCACCGGCACAGAGCUAUUUUAGUCGCAGCACGUCUGGUGACGAGGAUGGGCCCUUGUGCGACACAAUAAGUCGUAAGACCCUAUUCUAUCUGAUUGCUACCUUGAACUCAGCGUUUCAUCCUGACUAUGAUUUCUCCGAUGCUAAGAGCCAUGAAUUCAGUAAAGAGCCCAGUCUACAAUGGGUAAUGAACUCGGUGGAUAGUAAUCUCAGUGCUACGGCAGGAGAUCAUUAUCGUACUCUACGCUCUGCACUCUGGGCUGCAGUCGAGGAUGAGAUACAAUUGAACGAAUGUGACAUUUACAGUUACAAUCCCGACCUGGCUUCAGAUCCUUUCGGAGAAGAUGGGUGCUUAUGGUCGUUCAAUUACUUCUUUUACAACAAGAAGCUCAAGAGAAUCGUAUUUUUUACAUGCAGAGCAAUAAACCCCCUGUAUAUCUUAGAUUCAGGCGUCGGUAGCGACUUUACAAUGGAUGAAGACGACGAAGAUCAAUACUGAAGUGUCAAGAAUUCCCUUCUGCCCCGUUAAAUAGCUCAAAGCUCAACUUUUCGUUUAUGUAUUAUUAACUCCUCCCGAUUUAUGCACAUAAACACUAUUUUCCGUUAAGAGUAUUUCUUCAGGGACGACUUCAAGAACUAAAUUAGAUAAUUGUACACAACCCGAUGGGGUAAAAUCAAAAGGCAUAGCAGAUUCGGGUAAAGGUGCAAAUUUCGAAAGGAUGUACAAAAAAUUCUUUUCUUUCCCGUUCAAGUGUAUCAAAUUAAGUCAUGUGGUUACAUGAUCCUCAAACGAUUUCAUUUAAUAUACGACCAAGCAUAUAGAAGAAAUAGUAUUACUGUUAAGAGUAGAUGACGAUAUCAUGAAAGCUCUUUCGAAGCCUGCUUCUGUUUUAGAAUUAAUGAUACGUUAAUUAAAAUCAAAACACGUGAAAUCCUAUAUGACUGACCAUGAGAAUAUAUCUAGUUUCUAUUGUACGUAAGAAAAGUCUAAUUAACGACAUUUAAGUUAACGGAUAGCUUUAAAUCUCGUUGAGUAUUUACAUUUAGUUAUUCCUGCAUCAUUGGACACAGAGCUAUACAACAGUGUUAAGAGUGGAAGGCUCCAGUACGCGGAAAGUAAUUUUUUUUUUACUUAACAUUAACUAGGAAUUCACUCUGUCAAUAACUAAAAAUUAAAGUGCUCAUAUACAGCUAUGUAGAUGUAUAUACAGACUAUGUCCGUAAAGGCAAAGUCUACGUUUCGGUUAGUCUACUGAGUGAGCAGAUAUAUUAGUGAUAUAGAUUCCUUUCGAUUUUACUAAAUAUUAAUUAUCGUAUUGUGUAUGAUGAUUCUAUCGUGACAUUCAAAGUGUCUCCUUUUAGUUGACCGUAUUAAUGGUUUGCGUAGUAGGUCUAAAUGGAAUCUAAGCUUUACGAUUUGUGAUCUUGUCAAGAUUCAAUAAUUCUAUUAAUUGAUCUCAAUAAUGUAAAAUUGUAAGCUUUCGUCGAAUUUCGCGACACAUUGUGUAAGAGUGAUCUAUCCUUCGCUGUUCCUUCGAAAUUUCAACAUUUCCCUCAAAAGAUUCCGUCGAAGAGAAAUUAUUAUACUUAUUUGAACUUAAUAAAAGUCACGUCACUUAAUAAAAGUUCUUCGAUAAUUAAUAACGGAA